UGACUCAUAGCUCCUCCUCCUCCUCCUGUCCUGACUCAUACCUCCUCCUCCUCCUCUCUGACUGCAGCCUCAGUGUUUGUGUUGCUGUUGUGUAUCAUCAUCAUGGCGUCUCUCAGCCUCCUGCUGCUCAGUGCGGCUCUGAUCCACAACGCCCAGCCUCUACCUGCAGACCGUGAUGGGGGGCGUGGCCUGGAUCUAUCAGUGGGCGGAGUCAGACGUCAGCGCGGAGACCUCCGUAACCUGCUGCCCUAUGACGAUCAGAGAGGAGGCGGAGCCAAUGACCUGUACUACCAAUCAGACGACUGGAGGGGGAGGGGCUUAGAUCAUGCUCUGCACCGAUUGGUGGAAAAAGACCAGCGGAGGGAACAGGAGGAGGAACAGCGAGCAGCCUACCUGGCCGCUCUGCUCCGCCUCCUGAGCGAGGCAGAGAACGCAGGAUUGGUGGGUCCAGGUGAUGUGGAGGUGGUGGAGGUGGUGGAGGAGGAGGAUGAGGGUCCUGAACCUCCGGACUACGAUGAGACGGGACGGGGGCUGAGCAUGGGGAGGCCCCCGGCGCUGUGGUGGGGUCUCCUGGAGCCACAGCUGGCUCAGGCUCUGCUGGACAGGAUGGAGCCUCAGCUGGUCCAGAAGCUGCUGGACAGAGCGAGACAGGAGAGACUCCAGCAGGACGGACGAGUGAUGAGCAGAGAGCAGGACAUGCUCAGACACCUGGUUGCUAGGAUACUGUCCAGCAUUGGCCCUAGUGACGCCCCGCUGGUCUCUGGUCGCAGGAUGAGGCGGGACCUGUCAGCAGGUGAACCUGUUAGCUCCGCCCACAGGAGAACCCGCCGUUCCCUUGAUGAUGUGCCCUCCCCAUCACCUAGCAACGACCCCCCUCUCCUCAGGGUGAAGAGGCUGGAGGACGACGAGGAUGAGCAGAAGCUCCGCCCCCACGCCGCCGGGCUGCAGAGGAUGAAACGCAUCGACACCAUGGCAACCGCCGAUGAACUGAAUCAUGGGAGCCGUAGGCGCCAGAGGAGAGCUGCCCUGAACUACGACCCCCAGGAGCUGCUGGAUCAGAUCGUUCAGUACCUGAGGGAGUAGAUUUCUGCUGGUCACCGUUCAGUUUUUGUAUCGUUUGUUGUUUUUUGCUGCUGUUGUGAAAAUGUACCUGAUCAGUCGCUUAUUGCUGAAAUCAGGAGAAACAGAGGAGAGGAAGCUGUCAGAAAUCACGACUCUUUUGUUGCUUUGUGGAAAAUUUCUAAUCAAACGUCACCGAGCCUCUAAACCAAAACCCCUCUGACAUCACAGUCUGCAGCUCUCUGAUUGGUUGGUUUCCUGCAGCAGUAGCACUAAAACCAUCUUCAAGCUGAGUCCAGCUUCCCUCCACCAGAAAAAAUAUAGACACGUGAUGGACAGUAACCGUAGCAACGGCUCAUCAGCUCUGUGAUUGGUCAGUUCUCAUUGUGUUCAUAUACUUCAGCUUGUUGUCAUGGUGAUGAUUCAUCUAUCUGUGCUGAAACUCAAAAAUAAAGUCAAUAAAGUGA